AUGGGUGUUUUCAGGUUGCAUUCAUUAGUUGCAAAUGCGAAACAGAUUAUUAAACUGAACAACAACAACAAGAAGCACCUUCAGCGAGAUGCUCCCAAAGGAUAUUUGGCUGUGUACGUUGGAGAAAUUCAAAGGAAACGGUUUUUGGUUCCUUUAUCGUUCUUGGAUCAACCAUUGUUUCAAGACUUGUUACGUAGGUCAGAGGAGGAGUUCGGGUUCAACCAUCCAAUGGGAGGACUUACCAUUCCUUGCCAUGAAGAAGCUUUCGUCCAUCUCACUACCCAGUUACGCACUAUUUCAUAG